AAAAGAAGAGGGAAAAAAAACCCCAAUACAAACUAUGCUGUAUUCAUAAAACUCUCAGUGAACCCUUAUGAUAUUUAAUUUCACAAAUGCCACAGCAGCAAUUACACAGUGUGAGGAAACAAAUAGAACAGAAAUGGCGAGUAGAAAUAGACUAUGCAUUGACAGAGUUGUGUGCGAUGGGGACUCAGUAAUCAGCUCAGUGUGCCCCGUGUGGUACUUCCGGAGUAUCACUUACAGUCAUUUCCAUUUUCUCCGAAGUGAAACUUUGAAACUUUCGUUUUCUUUUCGGUCGGGAUGAAACCAUCACCAAAACACACUUUACUAUGGAUAGGGAAUCCACACACAAAACAGGUUAAUAAACACACACAAACAAACAAAAAAGUCAAGCGCAACGAGCUGCGCUUAAAAACAACGGACACGGACGUCGAUAUUAAUGAAUCAUAAACAAAACCAAAUGGUUCAGUCCUCUGGAACAUCCUGUAUAAAGGAGGGGUCUGAAGGUAGGCGGUGAUUCUUUGAAACGAUGCAAUGAUGUCAUCUCUUCCAGACGAACGUUUUCCCAGUAAAGACUGAUUGUUCUCAUACUAUGAACAAUGGAGUCUUCUGAUGAAGAGCAAUUUGAAGACAGCAGAGAUUUCUUUGACAAAGAGCUACAACUAAAUCUUGAUGAAAAACAGUCUGCAGAAUCACAUCUAGAAAAAGAGACAGUCACGUCAGAAGAUGUUCCUGCACCAUAUGACAUAUCAGUGCAGUCCAUUGGGACUGAUUUUGCUAGCCUUGGAUGGAAAUGCCUAGACAGCAUAUCAGCAUUUGAGCUGAGGUGCUCCAGCAGCACAUCUUCAAGCAUCCAGACCCUUUCACAGAAUUAUGCUGAAGUGUCAGGCCUGUGUCCAGGUACAGAGUACACGUUUACAGUGGUUGCAGUCUCAGAAAAUGGAAACCAGAGUUCAAGAGCUAAAGUGUCUGCAUAUACAAUUCCAAACCCACCUGAAAGCAUCAAGGUUAAGAAUAUCAGUAGUACAUCAGUUACUCUGACCUGGAAUCCACCUGCUUCCUUAGAGAAGAAGUACCAAGUGGUGUGUUCCCACAAUGGUAGAACUGUUCAUGAAGAAGAAACAGAAACUAACACACUUGUUAUCAAUAACCUGACACCAGGAAAAAACUACUCCUUCCACAUUGCAACAGUACUUAAAAAUGGCAGCACAAGUAAGAGAGCUGUGUCAUUCGCCAGCACUCAAACCAAACUCGAGAGCUUUCUUCUGGACGUGGGGCUGAAGCAACACUUCACUGAUAAACUGUCACUGAGUACAGUACUACAGAUAGACAAGAGCACAGUGACAGAUGAUCCAGCACGGUCUCUAUCAGACUUACCGUGGCUUUUCCUCAAGAAAAUUAUGAUGGUGAAUGUGACCGCAAGAAGUGUCAAAUGUGCUUCAUCAACUGAUGAGGAUGAAGAUAUGAGUUUGGAUCUGUAUAGUGUUAUGGAGAGUCUUGUCCUCAACCAGGACUCUAGUCAUAAAGUAAAUCCUUUAGACAUCAUAACUGCACUCUUCCUUUGCUCAGACAGUUUUCUUCAACAAGAAAUGGCCUUGAAAAUGUCUAUGUGCCAAUUCUCUGUGCCUUUACUGCUUCCUAAUUGUGACACACAGCAGAGCAUGCUCAUGCUUUGGGCCUUAAGAGAUAUUGUGAAGAAGUUUAGACCACACUCCUUGUCUGAUCCAAGAGGGUUUGUGGAAGACAGGAUCGUUCUAGCUGAUGUACCCUUGGUGUCCUUUGUAAGACUUGGAGACUGUAGCAUUUCCAAAUCUCAAAUCUUGAACAAGCUGCUCAGUAAUCCACAGCAAUAUCAUGAUACAUUUGUGCACCAUGACAUGGACUGUGGAGAUAUCCCAAGAAAAAUAUCAAAUGGUUUGGUGGAGAUCAGCUGGUACUUACCUUGUGGAAGUAAAAACAUAGACAUCUUCCCAGAACCUGUGGCUUUUGCAAACCUGAGAGGUGACAUUGGUACAUUUGAGACUCAGUAUUCAUUCCUUUGUCAGAUUUCUACGGCAGUUUUUGUGUUCUUUGACAAUUUUGACACAAACUAUCAGCUACUCACCAAUACACAUGUAAAUGCACAAUUGUAUUUGGUAGGUAAUGCACAGACCAAAGCCUUUAACCUGGAUUUGUUGAAAAGAACAGCCGUUGCAUUGAACUUGAAAAAAACCAGCAUCAUUCUAAAGACCAAACAAAAUGAUGCAGAUUUUGUCAAGAAUUUGUGUUCUGCAGUAAGUGCUGUAGUUAAAAAUAGUUCUAAGACUGUACAACUCGAGAAGAUGACCACCAUUGCAUAUGAAUUUGGAAUUUUGAUUGAUGAAGACAACAAGGAGUGUCAAAACGCAAAAGAGAAUGCAAAGGCAAUCACUAGCAAGAUACAGGACACACUAAAGUUUAAGGAAGAACAGCUCCCACUGCAGGGUGAGAUCUGGAAGCAAUUAGGAAAAUUAGAGAAAGAGGAGUGUAGGCUUCGUAAAGCUGGGGAUAAGAACAUUGAGAUGUAUAAAAGUGAACUGAAGGAAAAGAAGAUGGAACUCAGGAAGCAGCAAAAAAGGUAUGAAAUGUCAGAAGCCAUGACCUGCUUUGUAAGUGCACUGUCAAGUUCAAGUCUUGAGAGAUCCUACUUCCUGAAAUGGAUGCGAAUGAAUUUGGACAACCUGUCUCGCAAAAAACUAUCUGGCCUUCGAGAAAUGUACAAAGAGAAAUGCCAAGAAUCAACUGAGAAGAAGGAGGAGAUUGCAUUACUUGACAGACAGAUCUCAAACAGUGCUUUAGGAACUGAACACUUUUUGAGGGAAAUGGGUCAGCUGUAUGAAGCUGCUGUCACCCUUCCAGAAAAUACACAAUCACGACAACAAAUGCUACACUUACCCAAACUGUGCGCUAAGCUCCUUUUAAAUGGAUUCCCUCUUGAACUGGUUGAUGGCGAUGCUUCAAAUAUACCUUUAAGGUGGAUUAGUGAUGUACUGAAAGAGCUGAAUACUUUAUUGCAACCCAAGAAUAAGAUCAUGGUAGUCACAGUAUUAGGAGUCCAGAGCACAGGAAAGUCUACCCUACUAAACACCAUGUUUGGGGUUCAGUUUGCAGUCAGCAGUGGAAGAUGCACACGAGGAGCUUUCAUGCUGCUGAUCAAAGUCACAGACAGCUUCAGAGAAAUACUUAACUGUGAUCAUUUAAUGAUCAUUGACACUGAGGGACUGAAAUCGCCCGAGCUGGCACAGCUUGAUGACAGCUAUGAACAUGACAAUGAACUGGCCACACUUGUUGUUGGACUGAGUGACAUUACCAUCGUAAACAUUGCCAUGGAGAACUCCACAGAAAUGAAGGACAUUCUGCAGAUCGUGGUGCAUGCAUUCCUCAGGAUGAAGGAAGUGGGUAAAAAACCCAUGUGUGCAUUUGUGCAUCAGAAUGUAGCUGAUGUCUCAGCACAUGACAAAAACGUGAGAGACCGGAAGCUUCUUUUAGAGCAACUAAAUGAGAUGACUGAGGCAGCAGCCAAGAUGGAAAAUAAGGAAGACUACAAGAAGUUUACUGAUGUAAUGGAGUAUGAUCCAAAGACUGGUAACUGGUAUAUACCUGGGCUCUGGCACGGUAACCCACCAAUGGCACCAGUGAAUGCUGGCUACUCUGAGGCUGUCUAUGACUUCAAAAAGAACAUGAUGGACAUUCUUGUAAAAAAGAAGAUAUCUACAAACAAAAUUGAAGAAUUUUUGGAGUGGACAAAAAGCUUAUGGAAUGCAGUAAAAUAUGAAAAUUUCAUAUUCAGCUUUAGGAACAGCUUGGUAGCUGAUGCAUACAUGAAGCUUUGCACUGAAUUCCAUAAAUGGGAAUGGUCUUUCAGAAAGCACAUGUACACAUGGUUAACAUCUGCUGAAACCAGAGUGUCCAAUUUUGAGAUGAUGAAAUCAGAAUGUGACAAGACAAGCUUGCAAGAUUUACUGAGGACACUGAAACAAGAGGCCUCCUCAGAGCUUGAUAAACGGGAAAAGACCAUUUUGGAAAACCUCGUCAGAUACUUUGAGCAAACAGAGGGUCAUGUCUUUCUUGUGGAAAAGUACAAAGAAGACUUUGUAAACAGUGCAAAAUCUCUCAGGAGGGAAACAGAAAACUCAGUGCGGAGUAAACUAGAGGCAGUUAUUGAGAUUAGGACAGGAAAGAAUAAUUUGGACAAAAUCAAGAAAACGCAUACUGACAAAAUGGAAAAGAAAGUGCUGAAACUUCUGGAGGAGCUCCGGAAAACUAGACGUUCAAAAACUAUGUCUGAAGAGGAGCUCAAUAAAAUCUUUGAAAAAAUAUGGAAGGAAACACUUGAAGAGCUGUCAUUUAAAGGCUUAAAGAGACAAAUAGUAGCAGACAGUGUUUUUAGCCAAUUACGAACAAACAUGAAACAAAAGGGAAGCUCUGUCACUGAAAUGUUAAAUAGAGUGACACUUGAUCAAUAUGGCAAUGAGAAGUUCAUUGUUACACCAGAAACAUUUUUUAUAAAAAUGAUGCAUCAUAUUUUCCAAUCUGAAUACAUAAUGAGACUGCAAGAGUUGGCAGACAGUAUCAUUGAUGCAUGCAUGCAGUCCAUUAAUGACAAAAAAGAGGGAAAAUCAGAUUAUCAUGACACCUACAUUCGGGAGAUCCUACGUUUAAUUGAUACAAAACUGACAUCAGGCAAGAAUUUGAAGUUUUCUGACAACUUUGAACUCUAUCUUAAGCUGCACAUUUGUGCUAUUUCUGCAAGAGAAUUCCAGUUCAUGCAUGACUGUUUUAUUGCAGAGAACGACCCACGCAGAUGCCUUGAGCAAUUCAAAGAUAAGUACCGUGAUGAUUUCAAAGAUCUGUUCAAUAAUCGUGAUCAGUGUCAGAGGAAAGCUGAAGAAUUCACAAAACUCUGCCUGAGCCCUGCAGUUGAGACAUUCAUCUGUAACUCACUGGGAACAGAGAUUGUUGACACAAUGCUGCAAGGGGAAAAUGCAUUUCAAUUCAGUACACGUGCAUUUUUUCAGUACUCUAUUUUAAAACAACUUCUGAAUGACAGUGAUUUUCAGAAUUAUGUGAGCUACAUACGUUCAUAUGAACGCUUUGUUAAAGACUGGAUAUUAAAACAAAUUAUAGACAGAUUUUCCACAGGGAACAAACUUUUUGAACUGGAACAGCAGCAUCUGAAAGGAGCUAUUAUGGAGAUAAAAGAGGCCAUCAAAAAAGCACAACAUGAGACAGAUGAAACUGAAAGCAUAAAGAGAUUUAUUCAAAACAUGUGCAGAGAGCUUGGAAAAAAACUUGUCAUUCCAAACGAUGUCUUGGAAGCAGUCAUGGUUUUGAGUAAUGCCAAACAGGAGCAAUUUGCCCACUGGCUCACAAAGUCUGUGGAAGAAAUGGAAGAGUCAAUGAAGACUAAGUUGAAGAUGGGAAACAUUCAGGACAAACUGAGAACACUCAAAAUCAAUCCACAGGAUGAGCUGUUCAAGCGUGUGUGUGGUUGCGGGAAACAGUGUCCAUUCUGCAAGGCACCAUGUGAGGCAGGAGGAGAAGCUCAUACAUAUCACACUGCUUCUGUACACAGACCUCAAGGACUUGGUUUAUACAGGUAUGACCACUCAAGUAAUUUAGUCGCUAACAUUUGUUCCACUGAUGUGAACACUGAAGCAAGGUUCAGAUGCUUAGAGACCAAACUUAAGUACCAUCCUUACAAGAAAUACAGGGAGAUCUUUCCGGACUGGCACAUCCCUGCGGACCCCAGCAUAGAGGCCUCAGACUACUGGAAAUAUGUGAUGGCAAACUUUAAUAACCAGUUUGCAGAAGCGUACAACGCCAAGCCUGCAGAUAUUCCCCUAGUGUGGAAAAUAAUCACAAAGCAAGAAGCAGAAAACAGUUUGAAGGAGUGUUUUAGUAUCAAGUAAACACUAGUGAAAAAUCUUCAGGAUAAGGGAAUUUAAAGAACACUGCUUUUGCCUUGAUGUCAAAAUGCUAUCAGCAUCUUUCAUCUCAUCCUGCCUUUAAGCCAUCCCAUGAUGACACCUUUGGUCAACAUAAAAUCACCCCUUUUAGCAGAUAAAUGAAUUUUUCAUUGUCUUUUCUUGUGCCUUUAACUUUCUCUUUA